UGGUGGUCAUCCUUUGAACUGAGGUGUAAACAACCAUUGAGCAGUAGAGGAAGUGUAUCAAUAACCAUGGCAUUAAGAAAUGCUACUAGUGGUUAUGAUUCAGCAUUUGAGGAAGAUGUCAAAUUACGCAGAAAACAACAAGAACGUCAUGCUCUUUACCAGAAAGACAGACUUCCUAGACAAGGACUGCCAAGUAGGUCUUUUCUGGCAGACGCAGCAAGUCAAGAUGAAGGGAAACGACUCCGAUACCAGAUGUCCAACAUGACUGCAUAUGAGCGUCACAAACUUCUUAUCAACCAUUAUGUUCUCUACCAUCCUGGUAGUACUGCUGUGUUACAGAGAGAUUCAUCCAGAGACAAGAGAGACAUUGAUGUCAUUCAGGAAAAUCACCAGUUUCUGUGGGACAACAAAGACAUUCCUGACACCUGGGAAAGACAAUUGGCCAAAAAAUACUUUGAUAAACUCUUCAAAGAAUAUUGCAUCUGUGACCUAUCUCACUAUAAAGAAAAUAAAGUUGGUAUGCGAUGGAGGAUUGAACGAGAAGUACUGGAAGGCAAGGGUCAGUUUACCUGUGGGGAGAAGAAAUGCAAGGAGAGUGAAGGUUUACGCACUUGGGAGAUGAAUUUUGGCUACUUUGAACAAGGCAUCAAGAAGAAUGCGCUGGUGAAGCUGAGAUUGUGCCACGAUUGCUCAUAUAAGGUAAAUUAUCAUCGACAGAGAAAAGAAGUAACAAAAUCAAUCAAGCACAGACAUAAAGAGUCAAGUAAGAGAAAGAAAUCAAGGAAAGAAAAAGAUGGAAAAGCUCAAAAUAUUAAAGAAGAGACAAAUGAAGGUGAUUCUGUUGGUAAUGAAAAGGAAAUGGACGAGACAGAAUCUGAGGAUAACAUUUGGAAAGGUCCAGCUAAAUUAACAGAUGAAAAGAGCAGAGAAGAAGAGUUUGAAGAAUAUUUAGAAGGUUUAUUCUUAUGAUCAUUGUAAGUGCUUCAUUUUUUGUGCUGUUUUCAUGCACAUUAUAUAAGGGGUUUGCAGUGAUGUCAUUUCAUAUUUGGAUUGCAUAAGUGGAAUUUUAUGUCUCUACAAGUAAUGCUGUAGCAAUUUUUCAGCCCAUGUGCUGUACUGUAUAAUCUUGUUAUUUUCUAUUAAUCAAUCCUAUCAUAUUUGUGUUGGUCAUCACAAGAAAAGCCUCCAAUGCCAUCACUUCUUGGUGACUAUUUUUUUCUAUUGCUUUUAUGAACUCCUGUUGAAAUGAAUGAAUCUGUUAUAUAUGGCUGAAAUUGUUUCUCCUCAGCUUACACGUGUUCUGUGAAUUGUUUUGGAAGAAUUGGUCCUGUGUAUAUUCUGUAUGUUGUAAAUGGGGACU